AUGGCAGUUAAAAUUUCUCACAUCUUCUCAUGCGUCUUUCUACUUUUACUACUCCUUUUUGUCUCUUGCCAUGCAAAGAAAACAGUAAGCCCAAGUAACAAAAAACCUCUCCCCUUUGAUUUCCUAAAACAUUUGGAGGGGUGCCACAAGGGCGAGAAAACGAAGGACAUUCACAAGCUGAAAAAGUACCUCGAGAAAUAUGGUUAUCUUGAUUAUCAUCAUUCAAGAAACAAAACCCAUGAAAAUGAUGAUGAAUUUGAUGAUAUAUUAGAGUCUGCUGUCAAACUCUACCAGUUCAAUUACCAUAUAAAUGCCACUGGAGUUCUGGAUUCUGAAACGGUGUCCAAUAUGAUGAAACCUCGAUGUGGGGUGGCCGACAUUGUCAACGGAACAAGCAUAAUGCGAGCAGGAGGACGAAAAGAUGGAGGUUCAGGCUCCCUCCAUACGGUGUCGCAAGAUGAAACCUCGAUGUGGGGUGGCCGACAGUGUCAACGGAACAAGCUGAAUGCGAGCAGGAGGAAGAAAAAAUGGAGGUUCAGGCUCCCUCCAUACGGUGUCGCAUUAUACUUUUUUACCAGGAAACCCUAG